GUUUUUCGGGUUGUUCAAAAAAUGUUUUGUUAAAAGUUCGGGCGCUUUGAUUUCUUUGAUGGACGUCAUUUUCUCGGAAUUCCGCAUGGGAAUGGAGGGUCCAAUCAAUUUGGGUGAUGAUGAAGUAUACGGAGGUAUAUCACAAUGGUUUCUCGCGACAAGAGGAUAUGAAGGGAAGAUGUUGGAUAUACACAUAUUUAUUAUCGAGAUAGAAUAACUGCUGAUAUUACUUAUAUACAAUAGUCUGAUGUAUUCAGAUACAUAACAAUUGUCAGACUGAAUGAUAAUGUUUCAUCUGAAAUCACAAUCCCACUUUCCCGUCCUGGCUAAAAUCCGUUUCCAUCCCAUCAGAAGCUUCAUCGUUUGUCAGCAGUAUCGACCAAUAUCAGUAUCAAUAUCACGUCACACUCCCAGAGUAUCUUUUCUCAAGAACACGAGAUCUUUUACCAAUUCCUCUUUGUAUCAUUCGAAUAAAUCUUUCAGAAUGGAUCAAGAUCAAAACUCAGAAACUAUCAUUGCAAUAGGUCAAUUAUGUUCCACAGCAGACAUUCAACAAAAUCUUCUUACAUGUCAAAAACUUGCCAAAGAAGCCUCAGAGCAAGGAGCAAAAGCACUCUUCCUCCCUGAAGCGACAGACUACAUAACCACCCCAGGCUCACCACCUACCUCCCUUCCUCUCGCUCUCCCUAUGGCCACAUCCCCCUUCGUUCUCGGUCUCCAAUCCUCUGCUAAGGAAUAUUCCCUAGCCAUUAACGUCGGGAUCCACGUCCCAAAUGCUUCUGGCAACAAGGUACUUAAUCGAUCGAUUUGGAUUUCCGAGUCUGGAGACAUAGUGGGACAAUAUGAUAAAGUCCAUCUCUUUGACUAUGCAGCUGCGGGGUUGAAGGAAAGUGAUAGUGUGGAAGCUGGAAAGAAGGUUUGGAGAACGGUUGAGACCUCCGUUUCCCCCACUGCCUCCCUUCAUCUCCGCACUCGAAAAACCCAAAUCCUAACCUACCCCUCCGCCUUCACCAUUCCCACCGGCCUCUUACAUUGGGAAACUCUUCUCCGCGCCCGAGCAAUCGAAACCCAAUCUUACGUUAUCGCCGCCGCACAAGUCGGUUCUCAUAACGCCAAACGGGAAAGUUACGGACAUAGUAUGGUUGUUGAUCCGCUGGGAAGGGUUGUAUUGGAUAUGGGAGGUGGGGAUGUGGAAGGAGAAGAGAGCACUCUUGCGGGAGGAAAGUUGGGAAUUGCGAGGAUUGAUUUAGGUAAAGUGAGGGAAGCGAGGGAAAAGAUGCCAUUGAUGGCUAGGAUGUGA